AUGGAGAAUAAAAAAUUAUUAUAUAUAGCACUUUUUAUAUUUGUAUCGAUUGUUGGAUUUCAAAUCUAUGUAACAAGUAAACAACCACAAGUAUGCAACAAUAAUGGAGGAGGAACAGGAGCAAUUGAUCAACAACAAUUUAUCAUUGAAACAUUACAACAAACGAUUAGAGAUCAAGAGAGAGCAUUGAAUGAUAUCUCUAAAAAGACGAAUCUAAUCUAUGACACUGUUCAAGAGGCAACCGGUGCCAAGAAUGGUAUUCGUGGACCAACACAAACCGAUGCACCCUAUUUUACCAACCCAACCGAUCGUCACAUUCAAAAACUACAAAUAGAAGCACGUAUCAACAAGACAAAGACAACACUACCCAACACUUGCUUCCCAUUGGACCAAAAGACAGUGUGUCUACCCAACUUUAUUGUGAUUGGUGCCAUGAAGGCAGGUACUACCUUUUUGGAUUUCUACCUUCAACGUCAUCCAAUGGUUGCCAAACACACAAAAAAGGAGUUGUGGUUCUUUAACUCUUACUACAACAAGGGUAUCGAAUGGUACGUUCAAUACUUUGAACCCGUCGUAUCUCUUGAAAACCCAAAGUUGAUUGGUGAAGCCACUCCUUUUUACAUUAACAAUCCAUUCACUGCCGCUCGUAUGUUUUCCACUCUAAGGAAUGCAAAGUUUAUCAUGAUGAUGCGUGAUCCAGUUGAUCGUGCUCUCUCUCAAUACUAUUUUUCACUCAAAUGGAUCGACAAUAACAAGGGUCUCGCUCCACACAUCUCUUAUCCAGAGUCAUUUGACACUAUGAUUCGUGAAGAGAUUGAUGUCAUCAAUACUUGUGUCAGAGGUAAUCAAGAAUAUAUUAAAAAACAAGAUGAAAAGAAACGUCGUGAAUUGGCUGGUGAACCAAUCGACGAAGCAGCAGAAGAAGAAUUCAAGAACCCAUUUUUUACAUUGCACACCAACAAGAAUUGGACAUUUUACAAGGAAUGUGCUCGUUGCGAUAAAUGUUUCCAACAUGGAAAUAUCCUUCACACUUCUGGUCAUCCAUCGUUUGGAAUGAUUGCCAAAUCACUCUACUAUGAACAAAUCGAUUAUUGGUUGGACUUUUUCCCACUCGAACAAUUCCUUUUCGUUCGUUAUGAAGAUCUCAACGAUCGUCCAGAACACGUCCUCCGUCAAGUCGAAGAAUUCCUUGGACUACCCGCUUUUGACUAUGGACAAUUCAAGGCUAAAAAUGCUGUUCCUCAUGAACCAAUGGACCCUGAACUUCGUCAAUUACUUGUUGAUUACUUUAAACCUCAUAAUGAAAAAUUAUAUCGUCUAUUAAAUAGAGAUUUUGGUUGGUCAAAAUAA